UAAACAACAGCAGCAGCAAUGCUACUGCGAAGGAAGAAGAGAAAUGACGGACGAAGAUUACUUCCUUCCCCUUGAAGACCAGCGCGUCUUUGGUGCCGGAAUCAGCCGCAAACGAGUCCAGUUUGUGCCAUCAUCGGAACAUCUUACGACCACCUCCUCCUCGAUCCAGCCCGCGACAACCGCAACGGAGAUCGCUAAUAAGUACCUAUCGAUCGUGCUACCAGAGAAGCCCUCCGCAGAGGGGGAAAAAGAGACUGUGUCUGUGCUGUCGUCUCCAGUUCGCCGAUGUGAAGUGUGCCGUCUCCCUCUCGCAGACGAAGGAGAAGAAGAAGAUGAUGAUCAAGGCACCAAAAGAACGACGUCCACAACGAAGCCCCAUGAAUCAUCUCUCGCCCAUCAGGUCUGCCUGGAACACUCGCACCCACCUUCGCAUCUCGACCGGACGAGACACGGCCUACGCUAUCUCUCUGCGUACGGCUGGGAUCCAGACAGCAGGCUAGGCCUGGGCGCCCCCGGUCGGGAGGGAAUUCGCGACCCUCUCAAGCCGCAGGUGAAGAACGAUACGGUCGGCUUAGGUAUCAAGAGGCAUGCCGAUGGAGAGAAAGAGAAGGCUAAACCAGCGGCGAAGGUGCAGAAGACACAGAAGUUAAAUGCGAAGCAGGCGAGAAUGGGGUACGCUCGGGCGCAGAAGAAGAGCGAUAGACUGCGGGAAAUGUUCUUUCAGAACGACGAUGUGCAGCGGUAUUUGGGGGAGUAGAGGGAGACUGCUUUUCCGGCGUUUGUUUUUUUUUUUUUUUUU